AUGGAGGCCACGCAUUACUCUUCUCGAUCCUACGUCCUUGGCUUUGUGUCUUGUCUUCCCGACACGGAAUACACAGCCGCUGAGGACCUGGCUCGUCCAUCGUCGGAUUCGGUGCAGAAUCCAGGCCGUCAGCGCUACACCUCUAGUAAGUUGGCGAAUGUGCUCUGGACGUAUGCGCUACAUCGACGACAGCGUAUAGUGACGGGAACGGGUAGAUCCUGGACGGUUGUUGCGUCUUGUCCCAGGUUCAUGCCAGGGACGGGACUGGCGCGGGAAACGAACUCGAUGGAGCAGUUUAUUUGGCAUCGUGUUUUGCCAAAGAUGCUUCCUGUGGUGCGUGUUGUAACUGGUGCGUUGAAUGUGCAUACGCCUGAGGAGUCGGGUGCCUCAUUGGCUUGGUUGACUAUUGCUCCGGAGGUUGUGACCCAGUGGGGUGUAUUUUGA